AUGGAUCAAUACCCAUUUCUUUCGGUACUUUACGAAUUAUAUGCAAAUAAGCAUAAAUUUAUUGGUGAACAUAUUCUCAUAGCAUUACAUUACUGGAUGGUUUUCAAUACCUAUCGUUUAAAAAUAGAUGAUGGUAAACCAACACAAUUAUUAAAAUAUGAAAGAUAUGGUGAUCGACCAAUAAGUCUUGUUUAUGACAAACCCGAUGGUACGUUAACUUAUGAAUGUUAUGCAAACGGUGAUGCAAUUUUAAGAAUGGCUUGA